CCUUGAGCGGAGUUUGUUACCACAUUAUGUACACAAUAACAAGAGGUCCCAGCAAACUUGUAACACAGCGACGAACAGGCCCAACACAACAGAUUGACAACGGCUUCAAGAAUAAACAAACUUCUUGGUCAGUAUCAAGUUCCCCUUCACCAAAACUUGUGUUCAAUGGAUUGAACAAGAAAAAAUAUCACACCCUGCCUACCCCUCAACUCAACUUACAAACUGAGGGCUUCACUUCAGCACAUGAAGAGAAUGUCAAGUUCGUAUAUGAAGCCUGGCAAGAGGUAGAGCAGCAGUUAGGAGAUGAUGGUGAGGGAGCGAGUGGUCAGGGACCAGUGCAAUACACUGAGAAAACUCCCAACCCAGAGCUGAAAAACUUUGUGCCUAUUGACCUGGAUGAGUGGUGGGCUCAGCGUUUCCUGGCCAACAUUGACAGCCUUUCAUGAUGGACAGACGCAUCAAAGAGCGGCAGGCACCCAAAAGUGCCUAAAACAGGACAGUGUCACACAAAGUUGACUGAGUGAUUUUGAAGAUCCAGCAGAAAAAGUGACCGAUGACACUGAACAGCCAGACAGGCAUUAUGCAAGACAUCUAAGAACCUCUAGGACACUGACACAUUGCCAAGGCGUUUCAUCCAUGUGAAGUCUAACCUUUUGUCCUAUAAGUAGAUUCUGCUACACACUAACCUUCUCUCAUUUGUUCAGUCAGAACAAAAAAAGUUUGUUGAUUAAUAUUUUUUCCAUAUCUUUAUGUGAGCCGCACAUUGUAACAAAA